CACGAGCACACCUGUUACACCAUCACUUCUAUUCAUCUGGAAUACUCAACAACACAGCACCAAACAUGGACAGCAUCCUGAAAGAGGGCGAGCAAUUCCUUGAAAGCCAAGGAGGCAACCAAGGAAAUGACCAGAACCAGAACAACCAACAGCCUCAGCAGCAGGGCCAACAAAGCCAACAGGGAGGAAGCAGCGGCGGGAUGAUGAAGAGCUUUGAGCAGAACGCUGGCGACUCUUAUAUCAACCAAGAGGUCAACAAUUUCUUGAACAAGGAGGGCGUCCCGUCCGCUAUGGAUGGCGCGAUCGAUGGCGCCAUUGACACCGAGGUCAACAACCUCGAGAAGAACUUCUAGAUCCCUUGCGUACUCUGUGAUGUGCACCAGAGGUUGACAAUCAAGAGAAGGAGGGGAUGGGGGGACUGCGGUAUACUUCUGUUUCAUGGAACGACUGCUGCGGGAUGUAUUUCUUCGAGCCAACUCGGCAGCUCCUCAACGUGGUCCCUCUCCUAGAGAUAGCAGGCUUCUGAAUGAAAUGAAAUAAAAUGAUGAUCAAGCUGGUGAGAAA